CUCCUGCUGCACUUGAUUGCGAGUUGCGACUCUUGCGACUUGCAGGCAGGCGCAGAGAUCCCAUCGUGCAUUCACUCGACUGCUUCUUCUUCACGCGACCCGCAUCAGCACAAGCACGAGCAUCAGCUCGAGCACAAGCACCAGCACCAGCACCAGCACGAGCACCAGCACCAGCACGAGCACCAGCACCAGCAACGUCUUGUUGCUGAUCCCCCGCCUAUCGACCCUACAAGCUUCAACCGAUCCAUCUCUCUCUCUCUCUCUCUCUCUCUCUCUCUCUCUCUCUCUCACACACACACACAAUAUGAGCCGCUCAUCCGGCCUGCCUUUUACCUCUUCCCAACUGCUAAGCCUAGCCUCUACCGCUUCAGCCGAGCAAGCUCCCGAACUGCGCGGCUUCAUCUACCCUCCACACUCCUUCUCCCACUCGCAGCUUCAACACCUCUUGGCGCUGCUCCAAGCAGAUCUGCAACUCUUUCUGCGGCAGAUAUGCUCGAAAGCGGAGCAGGAGGAGGAGGAGAUGGAGAGGGAGAAGGAGAAGGAGCGCCGCUGCGGGUAUGUUUGGAAUACAGAAGAGCCUAGAUUGGACAUCGUUGGAGAGUGCGUGCGCAUCGUGUUGAGGGGACAUGGAGCGUCGGUGGAGGAUGAGUGGUUGGUCGUUCAUCUACUCCGUCGCUGGACGGAAGAUGCGCACUCUCGCUUGCUUCUAAGCUCAUUCCCGCACCACCACACAUCGCAUGCGGGCGGGGGCGGCGGCGGCGCGGGAUUGGCGGCGAGGGUGGAGGAUGAGGAUGGAGAGUUGGUGUGCAUCGAAGGAGCAGAAGAGUUGCCCCAUUGGGUGGAUCCUGCAAAUGCCAGCGGUAGAUGCUGGCUCUAUUCAGGUCACGUGCAUCUCAUUCCUCCUCGUCUGGCAUCAGGUCAACCGCUGUCCUCCUCCUCCUCCUCCGAGUCCACAUCUGAAAUGCCCGCGAUGCAAACCUCAUCCAUCCAAGCGGCAGGUCCUUUGGAUACAAAUACCGCGCUCGACAUUCUUCGCGCGCGCUCGAAUCAUAAAGAGACGCUCCAUCUGGGUCUUACGAGGGCCAUCGCAGCGCGCAUGCCAAGCUAUCCCUCUCCCGUCUGGGCUCGACAGACACAGCAUUCCACAUUGGUGUACGCACCAAGAACCGUUGCUAGCGUUCUGAACAGCGAUGCCAACCUCAUGGGACGUGUAGCACGGGCAUUUCUAGCGAGGGAAGGACCGGCAGAUGCUAGAGUGGCCACCGCUAUGAAGGUCUUUGGUCCUGCUACCCAGCGCGCAGACGCUGAUCAGGAUCAGCAACACUUUGCGCAGCACAAGGAGGGCUUGGUGUUGGUCAGGGUCAGGAUGACGAAGCAUCUCUACGCUCUCUUGACAGCCGCUCGCUACUAUCCUCCCAAGAUCUGGGGAGAAGGUGCUCGGCGAGCCGUGCAAUCGCUUUGGGAAGCGCGAACAGGACAAGACGCAUCGAGCGGGGAAAUUUCAGGCGUGGGUGAGAAAGAAGCGAGAAGAAGAGAUUUGGGAGUGAAGCUGAGCACGGGAUUGGAGCUGCUCUACGAAGCUGCGAUGAGGAGAGGUCCGAUGACGAGGAGCAUGUUCGAUGAUCCAUCCGACUCUACGAUCUGCCAAACUCAAGAGUAUCAGCGCUUCUUGGGAUCCCUAACCGCUUUGGGAUACUUUGAGCAGGAAAUGAGCGGUAGUCAGAGGUGGAAGGACUUGGAAAAGGUCGCGGUAAGGCUCUGGAGGCAGGCUGUUUCGGCUCGGCGAGGUGGUGGCUCAGAGGAAGGGAUAGACGGACGGGAGACGGAUGAGAUCGUGCCGCUAGUCAGAAGCGUGCUUGAUCAUUCCCCUCUCUCGCACGCAGUCUCGUCGAUAGACGACUCUCUUUCCGAAUCCGUCCUCUCAACGCUGGAGGACGACGAGGCUUUUCUGUUGGAUUUUGAAGAGCAACAAGAUGGGCAGGUUGAUGCGAAAGAGAGCGAAAGGGAAGCGGAGGAAGAGUUGGCGGAUGAGCAGUUGAAGGCUUUUGCGAAGAGGUUGGAAGAGUUUGUGGGCGCUGAAGGAGACGUGGAUGGGGCUAUUUUUGAGGAUGAGAUGGGCGAGGACGAUGAGGAGGAGGAAGGAGAAGAGGAGGAGAGGGAUGACAAAGGAAGUACUUUGAGCGAAGCCAGGAGAAGAGUGCGGGAAAUGUCGAUGCAGGAAAGACAGAGGGCCGUUUUGAACAAUUUGCCGCUUGCUGAUCUGGAGGGAUGGGGAGGAGCAGGUCGAAGUGAAGCUUCGACGACGUCCCAGGGUACAGGAAAGCAGAGGGCCGAAGCACAAGUAUCUGAAACGGUACUGGGAAGCCAAACCUUGAGCGAUAAAGCUGCGAAUGCGGCUAUGCGGAUGGAUGCCGUUUCGAGGGAUAUUCCAGCACCCCCGUCCAACUCGGUACCCCCGCUCUCUUCGGUUCACUACGACGGCGCCUCCGACUCCGACAGCGACAGCGAUAGCUACAGCGAAUCCGACCGACAAAGUACCAAGAACAUGGGAUCGACGCAAGAACGCGCGCAUCUCGCCUCUGUGCUAGACCUGACGCCGGACGAAGAAGUGUUGGUGGAAGCGCAAGAAGUGUGGGGGCACGAAGGACCAAACGAAGAGGAGGAUCUGAAUGGCUUUUUGCAGUUUGCCAAGAAGGAAUUGGGAUUGAGCGAUGAGGAGUACGAGGAGAUUUUGAAUGAGAGAAGAAGGGGAGCAAGGUUUGUUCCUGAGCGGAUAGGCUUGGAGGUGCAGGAGCGAGCAGAGCCGCUAGAGACGGGCAAGGCGAGCACGAUCUCGACGCAGCAGAGCCCCGGCCUGCGAGCCCAGAGCGCAAAGGAGGAGAAGCAGCAAGGCGAGAAGAGGAUGCCCUUGGAUGGGUUCGAGAAUUUGAUGCGCUCCCUCGAUGCGGAGCUGGAGAAGCACUUGUCUCGAAAGAAGCAGGCGGAUCAACAGGGAGAUGUGGAUGUGGAUGCGGAUGUGGACAUGGACAUGGACGACGCGGAACCUGUUCGACGUCCUGCGCCUAUGCGUAUGCCCGGCACCGAGAGCAGCAGCAGAGGCGCAUCGGGCAUCUACGCGGACGCAGAUGCGCACGACGACGAGUCUGAAGAGGAAGAGGCGCUCUCAUUGCAAGAUCAAGAACUUUUAGAAAAGUUGCUAGGUCGAUUAGAAACUUUUGGACCCGUUGGACCCGCAUCCAACCUAUUGGACAGGCGUGCAGAGGAGCAAGCUGGCGCCGCCAGCGCCAGCACCAGCGCCACCGCCACGUUGGAUAAUGCGCAGAGGGCGAGGAUGCUGCAGGAGAUGAUGAGCAGUUUGGAAGCGCAGGGCGCGGCUGCUGGACCGGUUGGAAAUUUGGCGAGAAGAUUAGGCGCUACUUUGCCUCGCGGGAGGUAGAAAAGCGUUUCCCAGCUUGCUUGAGAAUGUUUCGCGCACCACCUUGCCGCACUGCAAGUGAGACCCCCC